AUGCUGACCUCUGUCUGCACACAUUCGCUGCUGCUUCUGGGCAGCAGCUUCGUCGCCGUCGCCUCCGCAUCUCGAGACACAUCCCAAGACUCGCAAGUCCGCCUCACGGGCCCAGUUCGUCAUCAUCAAGUCGAUCCCGUUAUUCUUGAUGCAUUAAAGGAGCAUUCCGAUCCUGUAGAUGCCCUCGUCUCGCUGCACCCCGAGGCAGCUGACCAGCUUGCCCAGCCUCGCUUGCUCCGCGUAUCUGGUGAGCCGACGGCCAGAUGGAUGACUGAAGGUGACAAGUUGCGCCUCAAGCGCAAGGGCCACAAGUUUGUCGACAUUACCGACCAUGAGGGCUUUUACAAAAAGAAUGUGGAUGCAUUGGCUGGAGAGGCUCAUUUGCCCAGUCUCUCACAUCAGCGCAUUGUAAAGCCUCUCCUUCCUCAAGUCUCGACAAAGAGGAUGCGCCAUGUGCUGGAACACAUGACUAGCUACUACACCAGAUACUUUGGUAGUGUUACGGGCGAAGAGAGUGCCCAGUGGCUUCAUGAUCACAUCGCUGAUAUUAUUAAGGAAUCUCCAUUCCAUACCCAUAUCUCUCUCGAGGUUUUCACGCAUUCUUUCCCUCAGCCAUCCAUCAUCGCUCGCUUUGAGCCCAAGGUGCGAAACUUCUCGCUGCCGCUGACCAUCCUUGGCGCACACCAAGACUCCAUGAACUACCUAUUCCCUCUCCUGCCCGCGCCUGGUGCCGAUGACGACUGCUCGGGAACUGUGAGCAUACUCGAGGCUUUCCGCGUGCUGGCAACCAGCGGCUUUAUCCCCAAGAAUGGACCCGUUGAGUUUCAUUGGUACGCCGCUGAGGAGGGCGGUCUUUUGGGCAGUCAAGCUAUUGCACGAUACAAGAAGGAGUCGGGCGCUCGCAUCGGCGCCAUGAUGGAGUUUGACAUGACGGCCUUUAUUGCCAAAAAUGCUACCGAGUCCAUUGGCUUCAUUGAGACGGAAGCGGAUGCUCCUCUGACCAAGUGGGCAGCCGACUUGGCCAACGACGGUGCGGGCUCCGACUACAUGUCUUUUACGCAGCUCGGCUAUCCGUCCGCUUUUGCCUCGGAGGGCAACCCGUCAGCUGGUGCAUUUCCCGGCGAAUUCGACCCUUACGUCCACACCGCUAAAGAUACCAUGGAUAUUGAUGACGACACGGGCGUCUUCUCGCUCGACCACAUGGCACGAUUUUCUGAACUUGCCAUUGCAUUCGUUAUCGAACAGGCAGGCUGGGACAACAAAUGGAGGUGA